AAAUGCUUACGGAAAACUGUAAGGACAAAUCGGAAAGGGAGGGAAAAGGCCCUAGUUUGAGACACAAACCCCAGGGAAGAAGUCAAGGAAGGGUGUCUAUCUCCAAUUUCCAUAAACCCUAAAAACCAGCAAAUACUCUUGCUUUAUUUUCUAUCUCUAAUUCGUCAAUUUUUGUCGUUGAAAAUUCUUUGACAUUUUAGUAUUUGUCUUUACUUUUGUUCAUCAGUAUUUGAUCCUGUUUACAAAAUUUGUUUCUAUGGCGAAACUUCUUCGCCAUGCUUCUUCUUUGCGCCGCACUCUGUUUCCUCCUGAGAGCUUCAAGAAGGAGAUUUUGGGCAUGUCUUCUCAGUGUAGAGAGUUUUCUUCAAAAGGUCGGAGAAAAUCUAAAUCAGAUGGAAGUGACUCUAACGAAGAGGGUUUGUCAAAGAAAGAAUUGGCUCUUCAACAAGCCCUAGACCAAAUUUCGGCUUCUUUUGGAAAAGGAACUAUAAUGUGGCUUGGUCGUUCUAUAACUCCUAGAAAUGUCCCAGUGGUGUCUACUGGAUCAUUUGCUUUGGACGUAGCUUUAGGUAUUGGCGGACUUCCUAAGGGGCGUGUAGUGGAGAUAUUUGGGCCAGAGGCGUCUGGGAAGACUACACUAUCCCUUCAUGUAAUUGCUGAAGCACAGAAGCUUGGAGGCUAUUGUGCCUUCAUUGAUGCUGAACAUGCACUUGAUCCAGCUCUGGCUGAAGCUAUUGGUGUAAAUACUCAAAAUUUGCUUCUUUCACAACCUGAUUGUGGUGAACAAGCUCUUAGCCUUGUUGACACUCUUAUUCGAAGUGGUUCAGUUGAUGUUGUUGUGGUAGAUAGCGUGGCUGCGCUAGUGCCAAAAGGAGAACUUGAUGGUGAUAUGGGUGACGCACAUGUGGCAAUGCAAGCAAGAUUAAUGAGUCAAGCACUUCGUAAAUUAAGCCAUUCAUUGUCUCAAUCACAAAGUAUAUUGCUAUUCCUGAAUCAGGUCAGAGCAAAGAUCUCAACUUUUGGAUUUGGUGGUCCCACUGAAGUAACUUGUGGUGGUAAUGCUUUAAAGUUCUAUGCAUCAGUUCGCCUGAACAUCAGGAGAACUGCAUUUGUCAAGAAAGGAGAAGAGACUAUUGGGAGCCAAGUUCUUGUAAAGGUCAUAAAGAAUAAGCAUGCACCUCCGUUUAAAAAUGCUGAAUUUGAACUUGAGUUUGGCAAGGGUAUAUCUCGAGCAGCGGAGCUUAUAAGUCUUGGUGUCAAGCACAAGCUAAUUGAAAAGAAUGGUGGCCAUUACCGCUUCAAUGGUCAAACCGUUCAUGGAAAAGAUGCACUUAAAAAGUAUUUAAGUGAGAAUGUAAGUGCAGCUGAAGAACUCGCAUCGACUCUUAGAGAAAAAUUACUACAUUCAGCCGAGGAGGUUGCAGAGGCUGAGGAAGAUGCACUUUUGCCUGACCCAACUGAUGAAGAUGUAGGGACAGCUGCAGAAGCAUAAGAUCAGCUCUUUUUUUUUUCCUCCGGUAGCCGUUGAUACUGGAAUCCAUAAGUUUAUGCCGUACCGCAUCAUGCAUUUUAGGAAGAGUGAGGUUAGUUCCAUGUAGUUUCGAAGGUGUAUAUUUCACUUGUGACAGUAAACUAGAAUUGCUGGUUUACUAGAUAUAUCGAAAUCAUGCAUGUUUUGGAACCUCACAACAAUGCCCUCGGAGAUUAACAAGUUCGAGAAAAUUUGCUUUUAUGAAUUUUCUGUUGCUGCUAUGUGGUUGAGCGUACGGCAUUCUUUCAAGUUUGAUAGAGCUUGAGAAGCUAUAGGACUAUAUAUAGUCUAGUAAUGAAGUUACUCCUAUGCCUUUCUUUUAGGGCGGCUGUUGAAUUUUGUUGAAUAUUAGUUUAGCUCGUAGUCAUGUAACAUUUUAGAGCAUGAAAAUUAUUUUGUGUACCUCUCAGGUUCUGAACUACACUGGGUGUGUAUGUAUGAAAUUGUAUAGAGAAUGAAUCUAUUUAACAUGUAUGUUUUUCUACGAUUAG